ACAUCAUUCCUCAUGCCGAGCAUCAGAGCGGAAUGCGCUCUCAUUUCAGUCAUGUAGAGCCCUUAUCUGGAAACGAAGAAAUGUGCAGGAGCCCUUGGCACCCCUAUGCCCCAUUUGCAUUUUAGCUUUGGCAUUAGAAACAUAAUCAUACCCGCCACUUGAAUUGCUUUGUAAGAGCAGGUGAGGGUGGCCAAACCAUCCACACACCUCUUUAUCCAGUAGUUCACUAGGGGGAAAAAACUAUGGUCAUGGCCGCCCAGGACCAAAAGCCGUCGCAGCGGGCUCCGGUUCGCGUGGGAUUUUAUGAUAUUGAGCGCACGCUGGGAAAAGGCAAUUUUGCAGUUGUGAAGCUGGCGAGACAUCGUAUCACCAAAUCGGAGGUGGCCAUAAAGAUCAUAGACAAGACCCAGCUAGAUGCAGUGAACCUGGAGAAGAUCUACAGGGAAGUGGAAAUCAUGAAGCUGCUGGACCAUCCUCACAUCAUCAAGCUUUACCAGGUCAUGGAGACCAAAAACAUGCUCUAUCUAGUCACAGAAUAUGCCAGGAAUGGAGAGAUAUUUGACUACCUGGCCAGCCGCGGGCGGCUCAGCGAGAUGGAUGCGAGGAGGAAGUUCUGGCAGAUCCUCUCAGCGGUGGAGUACUGCCACGAACGCAAUAUUGUUCACAGAGACCUGAAAGCUGAGAACUUGUUACUGGAUGCUCACAUGAAUAUGAAGAUAGCAGAUUUUGGCUUUGGAAACUUCUUCCGUCCUGGGGAACCUCUGACCACUUGGUGUGGCAGCCCCCCAUAUGCUGCUCCAGAGGUGUUUGAGGGACAACAGUAUGAGGGUCCGCAACUGGACAUCUGGAGUAUGGGGGUGGUUCUGUAUGUAUUAGUGUGUGGCGCUCUUCCAUUUGAUGGUCCUAGCCUUCCUGUCCUCAGACAGAGGGUCCUGGAGGGCCGUUUCCGCAUCCCCUACUUCAUGAGUGAGGACUGUGAGCACCUGAUCAGGAAGAUGUUGGUUCUAGAUCCAGCCAAGCGUUUGUCCCUGAGUCAGAUCAAAGAGCAUCGCUGGAUGAUGCAGGAGGUCCCGUCCCAGCGGCCUGUGCUGUAUAGACAGGGUCUGCCAUGCGAGAGCAAAUCAGGCUUGGGUGAACACAGUGAGCAGGUGCUGCGACUCAUGCACAGCCUGGGCAUCGACCAGCAGAAGACCAUUGAGUCUCUUCAGAACAAAAGCUAUAACCACUUUGCUGCUAUCUACUACCUGCUUGUGGAGCGGUUGAAAGCGCAUCGCAGCAGUUUCCCUGUGGAACAGCGUUUGCACGCCAGCCAGCGCCGCCCUAGCACCGUCGCUGAGCAGACUGUUGUCAAGACCAUUGCGGUUCCCUCCCAAGCGGGCGUCCUGCCACAGGCAGCGCGUCACCUGCGCUCACCUGUUCUGUUGCAGUCCACCACAGACACAUUUACCUUCCCACAAACCCCUGCUUCCCCAGAUCAGACGCUCAUGGAGGAAGACGUGGCCACUCCCAAGGUGGAUGGCUGUUUACUGGACCCGCUCCCUCCAGUCGUGGUCCGCAAAGUCAGCGGCUCGCUGCCUAGCAACGUUAUGGAGACGUCCAUUGAUGAGGGCAUUGAGGCGGAGGAAGAGCACGCUGUGCCCCUCGCCGCCUUUCAUACAGCUCGCUUCAGUCAGCGCCGGCAUACACUGUCUGAAGUCACCAACCAACCUGCUGUGCUGCCCAUCACAGGUCUAAACCCAUCCCUCGGCAGCAUGGACUCCGAGUACAGCAUGGGUUCAACUCAAAGUGACUUCAGCUUGCCAGAAGAGAAUCCAGCUCUGAAGGAAGCGUUAAGCACUACACCUGCCAGCCCCGCAGUUCCAGUCUUCCUGGGCAUGAAGCCCCCUGAGCCCACCCUUCAGCCACUCGACACAAAGGGGCAGGGCGCUCAUAACCACUCACUAGUCAGUUUCAGAGAGGGGCGAAGAGCUUCAGACACGUCUCUCACUCAAGGUUUAGUGGCAUUCAGACAGCACCUCCAGAACCUGGCCAGGACCAAGGGCUUCCUAGAGCUGAACAAAGCCCAGAUAGUGUUAGAUGGUGGAGGCGGCAGCGGCAAACCCACAAUCAGUCCCCAGGAGCUCCUAGAGCCUCACCACCCAUUCAGCCACCAGGGUGAAGGACGCCAAUGUCUAAGUGGAAAAGACACAUCGUCAUUUACUGGUAAAAUGCACCCUUAUCUACUAUCCAGGAGACAGAGUUUGGAAACGCAGUACCUCGCUCAACGACUACAGAGAGCCAGUCAGUUAGCAAGUGGUCUUGGAAGUGGACAGAUGUUUUGUAAAGAGGCUGCACCGCGCACUUUAGAACAACAACUCCAGGAGCACAGACUGCAGCAGAAGCGGCUCUAUCUCCAGAAGCAGUCUCAGGUACAGGCCUACUUCCACCAGAUGCAGCUGGCAGAGGACGCUUACCCCACUUCGCAGGACAGCAGAGACCCCCAGAACAGCAGCAGUCCUUUGUCCAGCCCUCCCUUCACACGGACCCAAACCCUAACCCCUUUUCUGGACCCCGGCACCUCGUCGCUAAUGUACGGCCCCAAGUCAGCCCGCUUUCCAGACUGGCCUCCGCCACCAGACAACCGCACAAACUACACCCUGUCCCACCCUACAGAGCCCAUGUAUGCUUGGAGUCCUGCCCAGCCGCCUCUCCCACCGGGCAAAGCAGAAAGCCCUUCGGCUCAACCCGCACCUGAAACCCCCUUCCUGGACUGCGAGAUGAUGGAGAGCGUAGAGGCCCCACAAGGCUGUGUACUCGUAAACUAAAUGUGAAAUAAAGCACUCUGAGGCUGGCUCUCAGGCAUAAGAUGUGGAGAAAAAAUGCCCUCAGGGACGAACAAGACGCUGUGGUUUGUGUCACAUCUUAGAAACCUACAGACGUGCACUUGAUCCUGUGGUAGACCAUUACAGAUUUCGUUUUCAAAGAUGUUUGUGAGAUAGUGUCCUGAAAUGUUUUUUAUCCGGUAAGCACAGAUGAAAUGUAGUGCAGCUACCAUAGAGUUUAAAAAUCAGUAUUAAAGCAAUAUUCCUUUUUUCAUAUAUAAUACUCUAGAGUUCUAUGAGUUUCAGUGUGUUUAUAAGUAGUUUGUUUCAUCCUUAAAUGAUCAGUAGCUACUCAAGUUUUCAUUAUUAGUAUUGUGUGAUUUUAAAUAAUAGAUAAUUAACAGAGAGAUGUGUAAAUAUUAGGACUUAUCUAAGAGAUAAAAAAAAAGAAUUAUUAGAAAUAAUGUAACGUCAACACGAAACAGCAUUGAGUCUAUUUUUCUGAGUGAAUUUCUGAAAUACGAGAACAAAAUAUAAAGACCUGAGUUUGCCAACACUUUACAGUAAUGUUCAGUUUGUAAAAAAAAGUAGUUAAUAAGGUAUCAUGAACUAGCAAAAAAAAAAAAUUAACAAACAAUACUUCACAGCAUCUACCUUAUUUUAGUAAUACUUUAACUGCUUUAUAUUUCUAUUUGCAGUAAGUAGCAUUAAUGAAUUAAAACAGAACAAAUUAACAAUAACAGCAUUAACCAAAAUUAAUAAAUGCUGUAAAAUACUGUCAUUCAUUUGUUAGUUUAUGAUACCUAAUGCAUAACUAAGUAUUACUUACUAAUUUUAACCUUAUAAAGUGCUGCAGAUAGAAUGUAAUUUUGCAAACCAACCCAGAAGUUAUGGUGCAUUCAAGCAAUGUCAGAAUUAUUGAAUUACAUUGGCGCCAAUAGCCUUGUGAGCAGCACACCAACAUAUAGCGCUUCGGGCGUCCCGAGUUCGAGUCCCGACUCAAGGAUCUUUGCCAAUCUCGUAUCCUCUCUCUCUCCCACUUCGCUUACUGUCUCAUAUACUGGUCUAUCCUAAUAAAAAGACAAAAACGGAUAAAUAAAUCAGGAGGAAAAAAAAAAAAAGAAUUAAUGUAACCACGAGAUUCUGACUCCUCUUAAAACUCAUAAUUACAACUUAUGUCAGCAUCACACGAAAACUGUUAAAAUGACAGCAAAUUGGAGUAGUAAUAUUGGGUGUUAUUUCUGUUUAUUACACGGCUACACGGAAUACUCGAUUCUGAUUGGUCAGUCACAACAUUCCGAGGUAUGUUAUUCCCCAAUAACAACCAGUAAAAACUAAUAACACAGGGCUUAUCCGGGUAACUGCAGUCUGCGCUAUUCGCUUGCUAAGCAAAUUUUUUUGUGGUAGCUUUGCAUUUGGUUGGCUAAUAACAUCCUGGUAUUGCGCUCUGUCUUGUUUUAUACAAAUGCAGCUGCUGCCAUUUUGCGUAAUGUAUUUACAGUUGUAAUGUAUUGUAAAAUAACUAACAAACUGUAAGAUUUAAAAACAGUUUCAUAUUAAAUCAAUGUAUUUUAUCGCCAUAAUUAUUCAUGUGGUGAAAUGCAGUCUAGUUUGCUUGCUUGCAACUGCUUUUACCUUAAAGUUUUGCGUUAAAAAUAUUUAAACUCAAAUCAAUAUUUCAUGUAUAAUUAUUUAGUUUUGUGGCAAGUAGCCAUGUAAUAAGCAAAUUAAUGUACAUCCAGCCGGUUGUUAUUGCAAAUUAUUACACGGCUCUGUGUAAUACUUGAUUCUGAUUGGUCAGACACCACAUUUAGAGGUAUGUUAUUCCCUGAUAACAACCGGUAAAAAUGAAUAACACAGGCUCAUCCGGGUAACUGCAGUCGGUGCUAUUUGCUUGCUAAGAACAUUUUUUUUGUGUGUUAGUUUUGCGUUUGGUUGGCUAAUGAAAUAUUAAAUCUCACAUCAAUAUUCUGUCUACAAUUAUUUAAUUAUGUCAUCCUGGUAUCGCUAACCCACUCUCUCGUUUAAUACGAACACACCUGCGGUCAUUUUGCAAUGACUGCAAUAGAUUGUAGGCUAAGAUAACUAACAAACUGGUAAGAUUUAAAAACAGUUUCAUCUUAAAUCAAUGUCUUUUAUCACCAUAAUAAUUCAUGGGGUGAAAUGGCAUCUAAUUUGAACUUGCCACUUGCUAGCAACUACUUUCUUCACAGAAGCUUUGCGUUCAAAUAUUUCAACUCAAAUCAAUAUUUCAUGUCUAACUAUUUAGUUUUGUGGCAAGUAGCCAUGUAAUAAGCGGGAUAAUGUACAUCCAGCCGGUUGUUAUUGCAAAUUAUUACACGGCUCUGUGGAAUACUUGAUUCUGACUGGUCAGUCACCACAUUCAGAGGUAUGUUAUUCCCUGAUAACAACUGGUAAAAAUGAAUAACACAGGCUCAUCCGGGUAACUGCAGUCGGGUAACAGCCCCGCCAUCUAAUUUGAACUUGCCACUUUCUAGCGACUGCUUUCUUUAUGGAAGCUUUGCAUUCAAAUAUUUCAACUCAAAUCAAUAUUUCAUGUCUUAUUAUUUAGUUUUGUGGCAAGUAGCGUUUAAUAAGUGGGAUAAUGUACAUUCAGCCGGUUGUUAUUGCAAAAUAAAGCCCUUCAGUCUUAUACAACAAAGUCUGUUGGGCUUUAUUCUGCGAUAAAACCGAACCGGCUAGAUGUACAUUAUCCUGUACUUAAUAACUAAUAAUAAUUCCAGUAAUUGACUAUUGUUAAUGUCUUGAUAAUGCAAGUAUAAUCUAAAAAUUAAACAUAAGACAAUAAUUUAAUAUGGCUAGCACAGUUGAAUCUCCCACUAAAUGAACAAAGUUCAUUAAUCAAGGUAUUUGCUGUUACUUGAGUUUUUUUUUAUUUUUAUUUUGUCUAUUGAUUACUCAGAUUACACAGAUUCGUUUUCCCAUUAAUAGUGUUGCCAUAGAAACGUAUAAUUCAGGACAUGAGCAGUUCUGCCACAGGUGGACAUCUAGUAAUUACAGUAAUUACGACAUGGCGUGAAUGCAACAUUAGCAUUACUGUGGUUUCCUCAAAAACGGCAAUAGGAUUUUUCCAUUCGAUUUUGGAUUAUUACAUAAAAUAAGCUCUGUGACGAGCAAAAGUUUGUUUCUUGUAGUUUUAACAUAACACUUUUUGAAUUUUAAAGCAGAAAGCUAAAAGUAGGCUAUAAACUAAUCACACCACGGUCACAUGACUUUAGCUUCACCACUGUUAAGCUUCUUACAACUCUUUUGGCCUUUAUUUAAAUGCUAAAAGUUGGAAAUUUUGAGUUGGAACAGUUUGCAGAAGUAUAAACGAACAAGGCUGUAAAAGAUGAUUUUACAUGUUCAGUGUCGUGUUUAAUGCCCUAACAACCUCUGUAGUCACUUGUUAGCAAAUAUUACUGAUGUAUUUUAUGUUAAAAUGAAUUGUGUUAACCACAGAACUUAUUUCAGGCAUUGAUUUUGUGACGACGAGUGGUUUUUAGGACUCAUUCCUGCAGCACUAUUGUAAAGUGUUACCACACUGCAACAGCUGUUUGACUAUUGGUAAACAUUAACAGGCACGACCUAGAUGAUGUCAGCAGACAAAGUAAAGUUGUUUCAGGCGGAGCAAUGAUAAAAGAUUACAAAAACAAAUCAUCUGUGAAAUAAUAUACACCAGUGGUUAUGCACAGUAAGACCAAGCAACGUGGGCUGAUAUAAACAGGGUUUAUUUUGAGUUCAUGUUGACUUUAAAAAUCACACUACCACUCUUAUCAGAGUGGACUGGAGAAGUAGAAAACAAGGUUACAGUACAUGGUUUUUCUGACAGUAUGUUUGCUUUUAGAGCCACUGUAAACAUUUAGACUGAAGUUACGUGGGUUAAACCAGAAUCAGAAUCAACAAUGAUCUCACACCACGUGCACUACUACUCAAACCGAAGUUCUGCCGUUUUUUUUUUUUUUUUUUUUUUUUUUUUUUUAAAACUUAAGUGUUGUGCCUUUCAAUUCUUGUUGUUCCUUUUUGAAGAAUGUCUGUUUUUAGAUUUAAUUCUUCAAGUGAAACUUCCUGUUAGGAAAUGCAGUAUGAAGCACCCUCUUUUGACAGAUACCUUGAACCAAAGUCUCCAUUUAGGUUCUAUUUUGAAGUCCACUGUGUGGAUUGUUCUAGAACCAUCCAGCUACAUCAGAUAGUUGUCAUGGUCCUACAGUAUAUGCCAUUUAAAAAGUAUAGCAAUAUCUAGAAUAAUAGUUCUGAUGUUUAAAAUGGGUGUCGAUAGUGAGUGUUGUCAUUUUAUGCCUUUGAAGGAAAAAAAUGUUAUUGUGACUAUUUAGUUUGUAGUCAGACCUUCCUUGACUAUUGUUGAUAUUAAUACUGACAUUGAAAAGUGAACUGUUUUGUUAUAGUUGUUUUUCAGUGCUAAAAGUUUCCCAGUAUGUAAUCACAAUAUGAAUUUUGUUAUAUUCAGUUGAAAAUGCUGAGUUCUUUGCACAAGGGGAAAUAAAAGUCACGUUCCUUGAGUGAAAACA